AUGUAUUCAUUCGCAGCUAGGGGUGUGACAGUUCAAGCUCGUGAACUGUGAGUAAAUGUAGUAAAGAGCUGGUGACCAUCUCCAGUUCGUACUCAUGUGAACUGUUAACCAGCUCCAGCUCCUACUCAUGUGAGCUGUUGAUCAGCUCCAGCUCCUACUCAUGUGAGCUGUUGAUCAGCUCCAGCUCCUACUCAUGUGAACUGUUAACCAGCUCCAGCUCCUACUCAUGUGAGCUGUUGAUCAGCUCCAGCUCCUACUCAUGUGAGCUGUUGAUCAGCUCCUUUCAUAUGAGCUUGAAAUGGUGUGCUAGCUCCCGCUCUCGGAACUGAUAUGGAACUGUC